CUCUCUUGCCCGCUGUCAUUCCAUCCAAGAUAGAGAGCUGUUACCGGCCUCCCCGAUUCUUCCUGCCGCAUCUUUAUAUGCCACUGUAGCAUUGCAACCUGCGCGCUCGCGCGACAGACGUCCAGUGGCUUUGUUCAAAGAAAAUCCACAAACCUCACAUAUCCCUACGCUCUUCCUUGUAUCUUUUGCAUGAUGUCUCGACGACCACCGUCGCUGGAAUCAAUAGGCUCUCGCGCCUCUGUGGGCUCUCCCAUUGACCCAAGGUUUAGGAAGAAGGUUGCUGUCGUCGGCAGUGGAUCCGCAGGCAUCGCGGCUCUGUGGGCACUCAACCGAAGCUACCAUGAUGUUUAUAUGUAUGAGGCUUCCUCGAGGCUAGGCGGACACACGAAUACGGUGACCUGGAAGAACGGGAAAUAUGAGACCCGUGUCGACACCGGCUUCAUUGUCCUCAAUACCGCCACAUAUCCAAACUUCAUCAACUUUUUGAAGAGGGUCAAGGUCGACACGGUGCCAACCGAGAUGACAUUUGGCGUCACUCGAGACCAUGGCUUGUUCGAAUGGGCUGGUAAAAGUCUAGAUUCCGUCUUCGCUCAAAGACAAAACAUCUUCUCGCCGCGGAUGUGGAGGAUGAUCUUCGACAUCAUCCGUUUCAAUCAAUUUGCACUGGACCUGUUGAUGGCGGAAGAUGAGAAUGAUGCUGCUGCGAUGAACGGAUACAGCAAAGGAGGCAAGAGAGAGGAAACGAUCGGCGAGUACCUCGAAAGAGAAGGCUACUCGGAUGCCUUCAGAGACGACUACCUGAUCCCUAUGACUGCCGCCGUAUGGAGCACCAGUCCGGAUAAGUGCACACUGAACUUCCCGGCCGUCACCUUGGUUCGCUUCAUGUGGAAUCAUCACCUACUUUCAACUGUUGCAACAAGACCGGAGUGGCUCACAUUGAAGAAGUGCGGCAAAUCCUAUAUCGAUGCUGUCAUGAGCGGAUUCCCGUCAAAUCACCUUUUCCUCAACACGCAAGUCACACAGGUCACCAGCGAGGAGGACGGCAGAGUUCGUGUUCACACUCACAACGGCAAGUCCGACGUCUACGACCAUGUUAUCUUGGCGACGCACGGAGAUCAGGCCUUGAGAAUUAUCGAGGGAUCAGCCACGCCCGAGGAGAAGGAGAUUCUUUCCGCAUUUCAGACGUCUGAGAACUCUGUUGUCCUCCAUUCCGACAUCUCACACAUGCCGGUAUCUGAGAAGGCAUGGUCUAGUUGGAAUUACCUAACCCUCUCAUCACCCUCUACCGGCAAGCAAAACAUUGACCAGGUUUCUUUAACCUACAACAUGAACAUCAUCCAGCACAUCCCCCGCGAGACCUUCGGAGACGUCCUCGUCACGAUGAACCCCUUGCACCAGCCGAACCCAGACACGAUCCAGGGGUCAUUUACGUAUCGUCAUCCUCUCUAUACACCUGCCGCGGUCCGCGCACAGAAGCUUCUUCCGCGCAUCCAGAACAAGAGAGGCAUCAGUUACGCAGGUGCCUGGACAAAAUACGGGUUCCACGAGGAUGGCUUCAGCAGUGGACUCCAUGCCGCACAGGACCACCUCUAUGCUAAACUUCCAUUCCAAUUUGUCGACUCUACGUACAGCCGCGGGAGGAAGCCAUCUCUGGGACUUGCCGACUUGCUGGUACGACUCGUCAUCCUUCUAAUUCAGGUGUUUGUCAUUAGAGUACUGGAGAGAGCGGCGGGUGUAGCUGGGACUUUAAUUUACGGUCGUAGAAAUGGGUGGAGGAGGUCUUUGAAGAGUGGCAAAGCUGCUUGAAUCGGCGUAAUGGUAG